AUCAUGACAUGGCAGACCUUUCCGCGGCCUCAAACGGCAGAAGCGUGGCCGUUGGCGCGACUGACUCGAAUAUGCCGAGAUUAUGUCCGUUACGGCCGCCCUUAACCCCGCUACAUGUAUCGUCGACAACCCCCUUUUCUUUGACAUGUAUAUUUGCUGGCCAGUAAAGUCGCCGUCGCCUUAUCAUCAGUUAUGUCCGCGCAGCGCUACCCGAUCGAGCCUCUGAGAUGGUGUGGCGAGUGCCUUCGAUAUGCCCGCUCCCGUCGGCCGUACCGCGCGCAUCUCGGCCCUACCACCUCUGCUCGAACAUGAGGGCCGCCAACCUUAAGGCGUUGGUGUCCCUGGUGCGGACUUUUCUUAUAUUCGCCUGCUCGUCUUACCGGCCAUGGCCUCGGGCUGACUAUUAUCUGGCCGCACCACCUUAUCAGCCGUCGGGACUAACCCGAUCUUGCGUUUUCGGUCAAGUCGUUUCUUGAAUACCUAGGUCAGGCUGACCUUGGCGCCCGCUUUCCGGAGUCAUGGCCCACGUAUCUGGGGCUGUCGGAGUCCUUAGCACUGGGAUCCCCAAGCGCUCAGAGCCAGGACCGGAGGAAGUGGCCGACGGGCCGCAGCUGGACACGCCAGAGCCGAUGGAGACAAGAUAUUCUACGGUUCAGGGACUCGCGCGCGAGUUCUCGCGCAACUCCGCCAGCGAGGGCAAACCCAUCUUCGGCAGCGAGGAUCCGGACUCCCCCCUGAAUCCGCGCGGCGAACGGUUCAACGCGCAUGCGUGGGCGAAGAACAUCGCGAAGGUCGCGCACGAGAGCGGCCAGGGCUUCCGCCGGGUUGGGCUGUGCUUCCAGAACCUGAGCGUGUUCGGGUACGGCACGCCGACGGAUUUCCAGAAGGAUGUCGCCAAUAUCUGGAUCGCCGUGCCGGGCAUGAUCCGCCGGCUCUUCUCCCACUCGGCGGGCCAGACCCGGAUCGACAUCCUGCGUCAGUUCAACGGGCUGAUCCGCCCCGGCGAGAUGUGCGUCGUCUUGGGCCCGCCGGGCUCCGGCUGCUCGACCUUCCUUAAGACUAUCUCGGGCGAUAGGAACGGCAUAUACGUCAACAAGGGCUCCUACUUCAACUAUAACGGCAUAUCGGAUAAGGAGAUGCACAGCGCGCACAGGGGCGACGCCAUCUACACGGCCGAGGUCGACGUUCAUUUCCCAAUGUUGACUGUUGGUCAGACGCUGUCUUUCGCAGCGCGCGCGCGUUGCCCCAAGGACCUACCCCAGGGCAUCGAUCGAGACCACUAUUGCGAGCAUUUCCGAGACGUCGUCAUGGCCAUGUAUGGGAUUAGCCACACGAUCCAUACGAAGGUGGGGGAUGAGUACACGCGAGGGGUCUCGGGGGGAGAGCGCAAACGUGUGACGAUCGCCGAGGCGACGUUGUCGAAUGCCCCGUUCCAAUGCUGGGAUAACUCGACACGAGGUCUUGACUCGGCCAACGCUGUUGAGUUCUGCAAGAUCCUGAGACUCCAGUCGGAAUUAUUCGGCCAGGCGUGUGCCGUGUCGAUGUAUCAGGCUCCCCAGAGCGCCUACGACCUAUUUGAUAAAGCGAUGGUUAUUUACGAGGGCCAUCAGAUCUACUUUGGGCCGGCGUCCAAAGCAAAGGAAUAUUUCGUUAAUCUCGGGUUUGAAUGCCCAGAACGUCAGACGACGCCCGACUUCCUCACGUCGAUGACAUUCCCAGCAGAGCGUAUCCCACGCUCCGAUACCAACCCCCCGAGGACCCCCGAAGAGUUCGCAAGCGCUUGGCAGAACAGCCCCGAGUACAGGACCUUACACGAUGAAAUCGAGGAAUAUAAGCUGAAGCAUCAGAUCGACGGCCCCGACGCUGAGACCUUCCGACAGCUAAAGAAAGCCCACCAGUCCAAGGGUCAGCGUCUCAAGUCCCCAUAUACCCUAACGUAUUACCAGCAAGUUCGUCUGUGCAUGUGGCGCGGAUGGGCGCGAUUCAAGGCGGAUCCGUGGCAGGCCAUUGGGAUGAUGAUCGGGAACACGAUUAUGGCGCUUAUCAUGUCAUCCCUGUUCUACAACAUGCAGCAGGACACGGCAUCUUUCUACGGCCGCGCCGUCGUUCUCUUCAUGGCGAUCUUGUUCAACGCCUUCUCUUCCAUCCUCGAGAUCCUAACGCUCUAUUUGCAGCGGCCUAUCGUCGAGAAGCAGGCCCGCUACGCAUUCUACCACCCGUCCGCCGAGUCGUACGCUUCUGUCUUGGUCGAUCUCCCCAUGAAGAUCAUCGGCGCCAUUUCUUUCAAUUUAGUAUUCUACUUCAUGACGAAUCUGCAUCGCACGCCGGGUAACUUUUUCUUUUACCUGCUGGUGGUAUUCUUCAUCAUCAUGGCCAUGUCCGGUGUCUUUAGAUCUCUGGCCUCGUUGUCGCGGACGGAACAGCAGGCCAUGGUCCCCGCCUCCAUUAUGUUGCUCGCCCUGCUUAUCUUCGCUGGAUUCAUUGUUCCCGUUGAUUACAUGUUGUCGUGGUGCCGGUGGAUCAAUUACCUGAACCCGGUGGCCUACGGCUAUGAAUCUCUGAUGGUCAACGAGUAUCACAACCGCAACUUCACCUGUUCGUCCUAUAUACCUAAUUACCCUGGCCUCGAUGCCGUUAACGUGGCUUGUAAUGCCGUCGGAGCCGUCCCUGGCCAGAAUUAUGUGAACGGAGACUACUACAUCAAUACGGCAUAUAAGUAUUACCACAGUCACAAGUGGCGCAAUGUGGGGAUCAUCAUCGCGAUGAUGGUUUUCAACCACAUCGUCUACUUCGUUGCCAGCGAGUACGUCACGGCGAGGAAAUCCAAGGGCGAGAUCCUCGUCUUUCGCCGAGGCUUCGUUCCAAAGCACUCCACUAAGGGCGGCAGCGAUGUGGAGAAAUCUCUCACGGGGCCCGUCCACGCUGUCCUGGAGAAGCCGACCGAGUAUGAUUCCGGAAAGGAGGGCGCCUUUCAGGGCUCUACGAGCAUCUUCCACUGGCGAAAUGUGUGCUAUGACAUCAAGAUCAAGGGGAAGCCCCGUCGCAUCCUGGACAACGUCGACGGCUGGGUCAAACCCGGCACUCUCACGGCACUAAUGGGCGUUUCUGGGGCCGGUAAAACUACUCUGCUGGAUUGCUUGGCCGAUCGCCGCGCUGGCGUCGGCGUUCUCACCGGUGAGAUGUUGGUGGAUGGCAAAAUACGUGACGAGAGCUUCCAACGCAAAACCGGGUACGCUCAACAGCAAGACCUGCAUCUCGAGACAAGUACCGUACGAGAGGCUCUGAAAUUUUCUGCUCUUCUUCGACAGCCCCACAAUGUGCCGAGGGCAGAAAAGCUGGCCUAUGUGGACGAAGUUAUCAAGUUGCUUAACAUGGAGGAGUACGCCGAUGCCGUCGUCGGCGUGUUAGGUGAAGGGCUUAACGUAGAGCAGCGAAAACGCUUAACAAUCGGGGUCGAAUUAGCAGCUAAACCGCCGUUGUUAUUAUUCGUUGACGAGCCAACGUCGGGCCUCGAUUCGCAGACCAGCUGGGCCGUCUUAGACUUGUUGGAAAAGCUGUCGAAGGCCGGCCAGUCUAUCCUUUGCACGAUCCAUCAACCUUCCGCGAUGCUUUUUCAACGCUUUGACCGUUUGCUUCUCUUAGCCGAAGGAGGGAAAACGGUCUAUUUCGGCGAGGUGGGCGAAAACUCCGAAACCCUCACCGGUUAUUUCGAACGCAACGGCGCCAAACCGUGCCCGCCUGGCGAGAACCCGGCUGAGUGGAUGCUAGAGGCUAUCGGCGCCGCCCCCGGCAGCUUCUCCGAAACCGACUGGCAUCAGACAUGGCGUUCUAGCCCAGAGUACCAGGCCGUCCAGGAGGAACUAGCACGGCUUCGGGAGAAGGGAGAUGGGCGGCCCUCCGUAGACGAGAAGCAAGACCCCGCCUCGUACCGCGAGUUUGCCGCGCCGCUCUGGGAGCAAUUCAUCGUCGUGACGCAGCGCAUAUUUGAGCAGUCCUGGAGAACACCUUCUUACAUAUACUCCAAGCUUGCUCUCUGCAUUUUCACGAGCCUGUUUAUCGGCCUGGUCUUCCUCAAUGCGCCCCUAACUCGGCAGGGGCUCCAGAACCAGAUGUUCGCCAUAUUCGAGCUGAUGAGCAUCGUCGGGCAGUUGGUGGACCAGCAGAUGCCCAACUUCAUCACGCAGCGCAACCUGUACGAAGUCCGCGAGCGACCCGCCAAGACGUACUCCUGGAAGGUCUUCAUGGUCAGCCAGAUCCUCUCCGAGAUCCCCUGGAACUCGGUCGCCUCGGUUUUUAUGUGGGCGCUGGUAUAUUACCCGGUGGGCUUCUAUAAGAAUGCGGAAGCGGCGGGGCAGGGCACGGAGAGGGGAGGGCUGAUGUGGCUCUUGUUCUGGCAGUUCCUCCUCUGGGUGUCCACCUUUGCACACAUGUGCGUCUCCUUCGCGGGGUCCGCCGACGAAGCCGGCAACACGUCAAAUUUCCUCUUUGUUCUUAUCUUCUUCUUCUGCGGUGUGUUGGCCUCGCCGGAUCAGAUGCCCCGUUUCUGGAUUUUCCUCUACCGAGUCUCGCCGUUGUCGUACUGGGUCUCGGCGGUCAUGGCGACCGGCCUGGCCAACGUCGACGUGACGUGCGCGCCGAACGAGUUCACGACGUUCGACCCCGUCGACGGCCAGACGUGCGGCCAGUACAUGGAGCAGUACAUUUCCACGUUCGGCGGCUACCUGCUGAACCCCAACUCGACGACUACGUGCAACUUCUGCACGAUCAAGGACACCAACGUGUACCUGGAGCACAUUAAUUCCGAGUACGACACCAGGUGGCGCAACUUCGGUAUUUUAUGGGCGUACGUCGCCUUCAACGUCGCCGCCGCUAUAUUCCUCUACUGGCUCGCUCGGAUGCCCAAGGGGAGAAAGCGAGUGUAGGUGAGAAGCGAAGGGCCUGAUGUACGAUUUAGCACACGAUAACAUACCUGCCCAGAAGAUUGACGAGAGUAAUUAGAUAGCCUUCAGGUCGGAUUUUCAACGGAGCAAUACUACCAACACCCCUCAUUCUCAUUUCGCGGAUUUAAUCAGCCAGGGGGGAGCCAGGCACAACAGGGAGGAGAUGCACAAACGGUGGUGACGCGCAAGAGAUAGAUAGACUCCCCUCAACGUAGAUACAGAUAAGACAAACGGCACGCUCCUAGGUGCAAAUAGAUAUCAUAAGCGGCACCUGGAAGAGCUGCUCGGGUUAUCAAAGGAGAGAUAUGAUCCCGUUCGCACCGAGAAACGCGGGCAAGAUAUGUGAAUGUAUUCGCGAUGGAUUUGUGGUAGUUGUUGUUUAGGUAGAAAUAUUUGAACCCGUGCGCUGAG